GGAGAAAGCAGCACCGGUGGGCUGUUUGGACCAAGGAAGGAAGCUUGGUGCAGGAUAAGCUAUGAGAGGUCUAUAAUUAUCUCCUUAGAGUGCUUUUUUUCCUCUUUCCCCCCUUCGGAUCUCAGAGUCACGAUCUGGUCGAAGAAGGGACUCCGCGGGCUCUCUGAAAACAUGGAGGAACGGCGGUGAAAAACCACUUUGUCCAGGAUUUUUGAACGCAACUUCAGUAUAAGAACUCAUGCACUCUUCAGCUCACUCAUUGAGCUAUUUGAAUUAGUUUAGUCGGAUCGAUAUUUAUGCGUUUGGGAGCGCCUGGAGCCAUCUGCACGCUUCCUGUUCAAGGCUGAGGACCGGAGCAGUGAUGGGGGACAUCGACCUGGAGCAGCAGGAGCAGGAGCCGUUCCCCGUGGACCGGGACGGGAAGCGGCUCCGGACUGCCGAGGACCAGCCUGACGGGGACAAUAAGCCGGGAUGCUGUGGGAAGUUCCAGGAGACCGUCUCCAGAUGGAUGCUUCCACAAGACCUCCGCAGCAAGUACCUGGAGCGGGCCAACUGCUGCCCGCCCCCCAUCUUCAUCAUCCUCAUCAGCAUCGCUGAGUUGGCGGUGUUUAUCUACUACGCUGUGUGGAAGCCUCAGAAGCAGUGGGUGACCCUGGACGAAGGCAUCUGGACAAGCCCGCUGACAUACAAGUCUGAGCGCCGGCAGGAAGCAUGGCGCUUCAUCUCCUACAUGUUUGUCCACGCUGGUGUGGAGCACAUUGUGGGCAACCUGGUGAUGCAGCUGGUGCUGGGCAUCCCACUGGAGCUGGUCCACAAGGGAUUUGAAAUUGGGAUGGUUUACAUGGCCGGCGUCCUGGCAGGCUCGUUGUCCAGCUCCAUCUUUGAUCCUCUCAGUGCCUUGGUGGGAGCUUCUGGGGGUGUUUACGCCCUAAUAGGAGGCUACUUCAUGAACGCAGUGGUGAAUUUCCGAGAGAUGAUUCCUCUCCUUGGAAUAUUUCGUAUCCUGGCCAUUGUGAUAUUUGUUGGCACAGAUUUUGGAUUUGCCUUCUACAGAAGAUUUUCCGGUGACAGCGAUGGUUUGAAGGUGUCCUUUGUGGCUCAUUUCGGAGGAAUCGUGGCCGGGAUGACCGUCGGCUACGUCUUCUUCAGCGAUUACAACAAGAAGCUCCUCAAAGACCCUCGUUUCUGGAUUUGUAUAGUGGGAUAUGUAAUCUUUGUGCUCUUUGCUGUGUUGUUCAACAUCUUCCUGAGCCCGGCAACAUGAGAGCAUACAACUGCACUCACCAACCUUUUUUAUUUUUUUUGUUUAUUUUAAUGCCAACACUCAACGCCUUAAUGUCGCACUCAGGAAGCUGUUUGUUACAGAUUUGUUUCAGAGAAAAGUGGCUUUUCAGGGACUUUGAAUAUAGUGAACAGGGUAAUUUUAUUUUAUUUUCCUUUUUAAGAUUUUCUUCUUUUUAGAGCUGUAUUUGUGAGUUCCAGGGAAAGGGUGCCUCCUGCUGUUUAUGUAAGAUUGCAGAAGGCGUAUUUUAAAUUUUAGAUGUUUUGCAAAAUUUGCCUUUAAUAGUUAUUAAGAACUGACAUUUAAUCUGCAUUUUUAAUGUGCUAUCAUUGAUGUUUUUAUUUGUGUUUCUGUGAGUGUUUUGUACAUGAGUUUUUCUUUGUACUUAUCAGGAAACUAAUGAACACACUGGUCCUAUUUCAUGUCAUUCUCCUUGAGUAGAAAUUAACACUCAGACUGUUUGGUAGCAUGAUUUUAUUCUGUUCAAUCAUCAAGGACUCGUUUGGACUCUCAGUAUUCAUUAAAAGUGCCUUAAUUGUG